AACUAUUUUUCAAACGCGCGAGUAAGUAAAUGGGGAGUAGUUUAUAGCGGAUUUGAGUAACAUUCCUAAGGGUCUUAUUUUUGCAGACACAGACUUCAGAAAAGGCCGUAUGCGAAUUUACAGGCGAAGUACUAUUCUCAAGCAUAUGGCCUCAUCUCUGUAACUCUUCAGUAAGUCUGUUUUCAAUUCUAUGUAGCGCUUUUUUCUGUAAUACACUCAGUACUUCAAAUUACUGUAAAAGCUAUGAAACAAGAGAAAUGACUUUCAAGCGACUUCCAUCGCUAACAAAAACGGUUUUGGAACAGCUGAAACCCUUAAAAUUGCAUCGAAAAGACUCACAAACGCAAGUUUCCCACUUUAAGCAUGUGAGUUCUUACUUAAUUAAAGAUGAACUCUUAUCAUCUGUCUUAGAGGCUUCCGGACUAAAGAAUGCUUACGAUAACGAGGAUAUGACCAUUCUUGAAAUGUCUCCCGGUUCAGGAGCCAACUCGAUUGCUCUUUACAAUUACUUCCAGCCUAAACGACAUGUCUUGCUUGAGCCUAGAAAGGCCUUCUUUAGUCACAUUUCUAGCUUGACGAAAAAUACAGAUGGAAGAAUGGUUUUACAUGAACGGGAUGGUUAUUCAUGGGCUACGUACUCGGAAUUAUACCAAAAACAUCCAGAGUAUUUCUACCAGCAAACCAGUAAAGAAGUACGGCUAGGUCCAAACAGACGUUUCCUAUUCACGGGACAUUUACCUGCGGGAACUCCCGGUAUUCUUCUUGGAACGCAAUUUGUUAUGCAUCUCAUCCAAAGGGACUGGCUUGGUAUUCUUGGACGAGUUCGAUUGUUGCUUUGGAUGUCGCCGGAGUUGGCAUACAUCCUUUUGGCUUGUAAUGGGUACAAAAGCAGGUCUUCCCUUUCUGUUCUCCGAGAGCUCAUGUGCCAAAUUCGUGUUCUAGCAGCGCCUGUUGAAUUUAUGGAUACUUUAAAAAAAGGAUAUCUACAUUCAUCAGCCGUUACUUAUCCUGUUAUGAAAACUAUAUCCACAACAGAUGAAGCAUUCGCUCCUUCAGCGAAUCCCCUUGUUCUAAUUGACAUCAGUUGCACGAGUUACCAAUCUGAUGUACCGCUCGACAUACUUGAAUAUGUCAUUCAAUCGCUUCUUGUACAAAAGUCACAGCCGUUAAAAGAAACAGUAUCUCGUUUGUGCCCUGGCGCGGAAAAUCUUGUACCCUUACUCAAAAAGCGAGGUGUAGACAUUCAAGAAUCCAGUGUCACUGCUUCUGCCAAGUCGUUGGAAAAUAUUGCAAGAAUUUAUCACAAAUGGCCCUUUCGGCCUAAGGUUAUGACUAGUACCCUUUUGGAAAAACCGUGAGCCGAAAGAACGGAUCGUGUAUCAACAUUAUAGACUGCGAUAAAGUACCGUUAAGAAUGAAUUUUUGUUCCGAUCAUUGGUCAGCAACGCUACUAUUUUUCGAGCUGAAACUUUGAGUCAGAUUACAAGACAUAUUUAGUUUGAAUGGAGCUUGUUUGUGCUGGAACGGUUAGCGCACUUGCUAGUCAAUACAUUUGUUGCCAAGUACUAUAGACAAAA